CGAGCAACGAGGUUACGUAAAUGGCAGCUUAGCCAGCUCGUGACUUUCCUUGUAUUCUUCGCAUUUUGUUAUCGCCAUUUUGAAGUACCAUUUUCACUUUUCUGUGGCAGAUAUUAAUUUAAUGGAAGGCACGCCAGAGAGCGAGUGUGUGUUGUGAGGAGUGAGUCGAAGCAGGCUGUGACUAGGUUACUUGUUAUUUAAACAAUCGUUCAUGCACUUUAAAACCGAUCAAAAAUGAAGUACUUAGUGUCUUACACCACAUUAUUAUACAUAAUUAUUUCUGUUAAUUAUGCCUCGUCAUAUGUGAAUAUAACUGGAGUGUAUGAUGAACCAACGACAUCUACAAAGAAAUAUGACAUUAAACACUCUCUUCAGUUGGCGUGCAAUGUAACAACAGAUAUUAAGGACAUCACUGUUAGAUGGGAAAAAGAGGGAAAACUGAUUAGUGCCAUCGAAGCCCUUAAAAAUAGAAUAAAGAUUUCAGGCGUCAAUGGUCUUUAUAAUCUAACAAUUAAGGGCGCGGAGGAAAAUGAUGGUGGAAAUUAUUCUUGCAUCGCCUUCAGCGGUGGUGUUGAGCUUGCACGAGCUAAUAUUACUGCAGCAAGCAGAAUUUAUAUUAGGACACCAAGAAAUAUUAACGUAGUUGAAGGUGAGAAACUGAGAAUCCACUGUCAGGUUCACGGAAAUCCACUGCCAGAUAUAUCAUGGUUUGUUGAAAGACAUCUCCCUGAUGGUACAACACAGAACGAAACUUACUACUCGUCAAGGGACAGGGUAACAUUAGAAGAAGAUGACAGACACAUAGUCAAUUCCGUUUUUAUAAUUAACGAAGUUACAAUGGAGGAUCGUGGAAAUUAUUCGUGCCGGGGGUACUUAAACAUCACCGAAGCCCAUGAUGAAUCGUACACAAUGGUCCGAGUUAAAGAUAAAUAUGCAGCUUUAUGGCCUUUCCUAGGCAUCUGCGCUGAGGUGUUCGUUCUCUGUGCCAUAAUUCUAAUUUAUGAGAAAAAACGAAACAAAACAGAAUUGGAAGAAAGUGACACCGAUCAAAGCCCCGAUCAAAAAAAUACCCCAGACCACGGAGGUAAAGAUUCCAACCUCAGGCACAGACAGUGAAAAUUUUAAAAAUCGUAAUUAAAAAAUAAUAUCGCUACCUAUAGGUCCUAACUUUCAAAAAAAAAAAA